CAUUGACUUGAAGAAACUGGAAGGCUAUCUCCGCGGUGCCUCGUCGUUCUCGCUGGAGCAGAAGACUGGACUGCCUCGACGAAAACUCCUUUUCAUCUUGAGGAACAUUAAGAAGGCCGAUUUAAACCAGGAUGGCUUGAUCUGCGAAAUGGAAUGGGAGACCUUCGUCCAAAAUGGCAAAGGUGCCUUCUUUGGUGGGGGGGGCAUGGCCAACGUGGCUCGUGUAUUCAUGUACGCGCCCACAUUUUCCUGCAAGCCUCCCACCAUGUUCCUUCUGAUCAUUUCGCUCAUCCAAAUCGCUUGUUUCACUUUAAGCGUGGCUAUACCCGAAACCAUAGGAUCUUCCCUUGAGUACGGAGACCGCAAUUGGCCCGUGGAUUCGUUCCUAAUUUAUAACCCCUACCGCCGUUAUGAAGCCUGGAGGUUUGUUUCCUAUAUGUUCCUUCACGCUGACUACGGACACAUUGGGUUCAACUUGUUGGUUCAAUUUCUCGUGGGAAUUCCAUUGGAAAUGUCUCAGCUAGGGUGGACGGGCAGCUUGCGCGUGGCAUUUCUUUAUUUCUGUGGAGUUGCAUUUGGUUCAUUGGGAUCAUCUGUUACCAGCCCCGACACUUAUCUCUUGGGAGCCUCGGCAGGAGUUUACGCUCUCAUUGCCGCCCACAUGGCCACGCUCAUAUUGAAUUGGCAUGAAGACGGAAUCAUUUACGCAAAACGUUUACGCAAAUCCAGAAAUACUGACGAACCCACGCCUAACGACCUGAAUCCAGUUAUUCGAGGAUUGCGACUAGUUUUCUUGAUUGUGUUUGUGGUCGUUGAUGUUGGGCAAAUCGUAUAUAAGGUCUACUUCUUGGGCAGGCCUGGAAACACGAGUUACACUGGACAUGCUUAUGGGGCAUUAACCGGCCUCAUCACUGGAAUUUUUAUUUUAGAAAAUCGAAAAGUUGAAGAUUGGGAACGUUGGAUUGAAUGGUCGGCCUUAAUUUUAUUUGCAUUAGGUUUGUGUGCUCUGAUUUUGGUUCACAUCGUUAACCCUGGCUUCUUUCCUGAGCAAGACUAUUCGGGAUUAGCAUAAACCAUAGAUACCCUAGACAUUGGAUGGCGGACGCAAAACAGAGCCGACCGAGUGGUUGUCUAGUGCUAUACAGAGAGCAAUAUAGUUAUGAAUUACUUUUUGACGAGUUUCCUUGCUUUUUUGAAGUGAUAUAUGUUUAAUUGCAACUUUGAGGAUUAUUUUCUCCGUUUCCUUCCCUGUUUUGUUAUAUUUCUGUUCAUUCUAAUCUCAAACUAUUAUUUGUUGUUAUGAAAUGAACAUAAAUGAAUGCAUAGCAAUUCCUUA